AAUCCCUGUAACGUGCUAAAAUUAGCUAAUUUAUUGCCCAGACUACAACAAUCACAACCAACAAGAAAACCAACAGAAACCGUAACAGAAACAACAAAUCCUUGGCAGUCAUAACAUUUGCCGUGCUGCUGUUCCAUGCCCCAAAGCUCCACUGCAGUAGUCUGAGUAGCCAGACUGGACGUCACAGACAGCGGCAGAUAGAAACCAAAUACAAUUGACAUUUAUUGGCCAAUAUAUAUUUAUAAGGCCCGAACGGAAGUGGCCGAAACCCCGAAAGGAGACUGGAGACUGGACUGGCCAUAAAAGAGAAGCAAAAAUACGAGAAAAUAUCUAUUUCAAUGCUGUCGAAGCUGCAUAAAAACUGUCCAACGACAGGCCAAGGGGCAGCUCCUCCUUCACGCCACAUGCAAAUGUCCGCAAGGAGAGCAGCGAGUGGGAAGCCAACCCAUAGACAACAAACUGGGCGUGGCUGCAUCUGCUGGCUGGCCGUGAUCGGACUUCUCCUGCUGGUGCCUGAUUUUAUUGCGGCACUCAAGGAUGUCUCGGUAAUGAUACCACAGGCGGUGAAACGUGGCAGUAAUGCCUUGUUCACGUGUAAUUACGAUAUGGAAAAUGAUACUCUAUAUUCGGUGAAAUGGUAUAAGGGCAAGCGUGAGUUUUAUCGCUACACACCCAAGGAGAAUCCUGCCAUGAAGGUCUUCGCCAUGACAAGUGGUCUCAAUGUUGAGCGCAACCUCUCGAAUCAAAGUCAUGUCGUACUGCAGUCGGUGCCGUUGAAUAUUUCGGGCAAAUUUACAUGCGAAAUAUCUGUGGAGGCGCCCACAUUCCAGACCGCCAUGGUGUCCGGCGAAAUGGAGGUGGUUGAGCUGCCGGAAGAGCACACCGUGGUCACCGGGAUACAGGCGCGCUAUCGCAUUGGCGAUUUGGUCGAUGGCAAUUGCUCAAUUAAAUACUCGAAACCGGCUGCUAAUUUGACAUGGACUAUUAAUGGUAUUGUGGUGCCACCGCAUCACAUCAAGACGUAUCAGAUUGAGAAGCAGGAGAAUACCACACUGGAAUCGGUUACAAGUGCCAUACAUUUCAUGGUCACCACUCAGCAUUUUCUCAAGGGUCAGAUGAGGCUCAAGUGCACGGCCAAUAUCUUUGACAUCUUCAAGGAGGAAAUGGAGAGUGUCAUUGAGGAGGACAGACCCAGGAUAAUGGCCUCUGGCAGAUCUUACGACAUCAACAACUAUCCCCUCGAUGAGCAUACGAAUGGCGAGAGGGGCUUCGAGGAUCACAAUGAAUCAUAUUUGACCUACUAUUCGGCGGAUAAUAGUGCAUCGGGCGCAUCGACAGCUGCACAUGAAAUCUUUUGGCACGUCUGGCCAUCGAAGCUCGGGGCAGCACUUCGGAUCAGACUUCACAUCAACAGGCAGUUGGUGGGGGCGUGGCCAUGGGAAGCACUCGGUGCCUGGAUUACGCAAGCAGCGAGACCGGGAACAGCUCUUUUGUGUCUGCUGGGAGUGCUGGCCCAUCAAAUUAUCAACUGUCAAUACACAAAGAAAUCGACAGCACCAGCAACAGCGACAGGAACAGCGAUGGGGCAACGGCAGCAACAGUCGCCCGGAGUCGAAACGGAGGAUGUGACAAUGUCAAAGGCGGCAGCAUCCGAAGCUGGAGCGAGCGUCAAAUGCUUUUAUAAUUGUCAAAUGGCAAUGGCAACACACAAGCCCCAUCCCCGUAUGAAAAUCCAGGAGAAGAUGAACGAUGGUGGGGAUAGGACUGUGACUGCGGAGUCAGACGAUGAUGACGCGAAUGUUGCAAGUGUGGCAAAUGUUGCCGAUGAUUUAACUGCAGCUGCAAAGGGAAUGGCAAAAGGAAGGGUAACGGGAACGGGAGCUGCAACAGUGCCAUCUGGAGUUGCCGUUAAGCGACUGUCAGCGACACUUGUGGGCGUGGCAGGGCCCUGGCUGGAUCAACGAUUAUUGAUGACUCGCCGACGAAAGAUGUGGAGGACGCCCGUUCCGGGUUACUCCGACUGGCUCUCGUGCUGAUGCCGAAUUGAUGAUGAAAUCCAUUUCCAAAAGUAGCUUAAGGUGUUUGCCCACUUUUGCUGCAGUGAAGCCUCUCUCCCCCAGUCCCCCCGUCUCCCAGUCCCUGCCCUACCAACAUUUUCCAGUCCGGCAAAGUGAAAAGUUGGAGGAAAUAAUUAAUAUAUAUGAAUAUUAAUUGAAAUCGCCAGCUGGAUGGCCGGGACGCUGCUGUAGUUCAUAAGUGUUAUGCAUAAGGUGAGCGGACGAAGAAGGAGCGAGAAUAAUUAAGUAUAGCCAGAAAGGGGAGACCUUUAAGGAAUCAUUGAAUAAUAACAGGAAAUAUAGUCUUAUUUGUAUUAUUGUAAUCUGGCAAGGUGUAUGAAAUAUGCAAACAUGUAACUAGAGGAUAAAAUCGGUAAAAUACUCGUUAAUAUAGUAUAUAAAUUCCAUGGCACAUCCCAAUAGUUUGAAAAAAAAUACUCGUAUGAAUUAGUGUUUAAUUAGUUCUGAAAUGUAAUUCAGUCAUUGCUAGUGCACUUUGAGAGCUUCUGCCAGCUAAAACACCCUCACAUGUUGCGUAAAAUGCUUUCGAGAAAGAUAAUUUGAGAUUCGAUGCAUGGGCUGUGGCCGAACUUGAGCAGAAUUUAACUGCAUUCUUAUCAGCAAAUAAAACUUGCAGCACAGCUUCAAAAGCUUCAAGCAGAGCGAGAGAGAGAGAGAGCGAUGCAGAGCAAGAAUCGUCAAAACAACAGCAAACGAAGAUCGAAGAAGAACCAACUACAUUUACCGUUCUUUAUGAGUUUGAGGGGUUGAUUGCAAGUCGAACAUUAUGCAUUACAAAACAACAGCACUACAGUCGAACUUCGCUAACUUGAACUGGUCAACUUAAUACAUAUGUUUAGAACGCAUUAUUUCGUCUUAUGGAAUACCAAUUUAGAUUUACACGAUCUGAAACCCAUACCAAACCUAGACCAUAGACAUUAUUGUUAUUCACUUGCACAUUCAUCUACAUGUUAACUCAUGUUAGAUCCAGUUAGCGACGUUGGACUGUAAAACGAUGAAAAGCAAAGCGAUGAAGAGCAAAAACGAAAGCCACGCGCUGUACAGCAAGCUGACCUUUGGACUCUGCCUCGUUCUUGGCUUUUUAAAACAGAAUUGCAGUGCCACUUAGACGAUGCGGUUGAAGCCUGUGUGACACUAAAAAAUCCAGUUGUUGAAGGGCUUAAUUAAUAAGAAACGCCUUGUGGGAGUGCAAUGUACUGAGAAGGAGAUCAAAGUAUUGUUAAAUUGCAUUUUAUAAAUCCAAUUUGAUCGAUUUUAUAUUAUUUUAUUGUUUAUGGAUCACUGCUGAUACAGCUCUUUUCCAUAGAAGAAAUUAAAUUAGCGCUCAGACGGUCCUUCUAUUGUAGGUGUCACACAGGCUCACAAAAUAACGUUUUCCCAGCAGCAAGCAAGGCAACUAAAAUGAGUUGAUUUGUUUUGUAUUCUUCAUGUAAAUAGAUGUUUAAGAAACUUCAGGCAUUAAAAUUGUUAACUUAAAUAUGAUACCUAUGAUAUAAUAGCAGCACUGUAUAGAAAGGAACUUUUUACGGGUUUGGAAAAAAUGCGAAAUUAAUUAUGAAAACAAAUUGAUUUGUAGAACACAAAAAAUAGAACACAAGAAAACUAAAAUAAAAUUGAGUUUCAUCUUAUCAUUUCGCAAUAUAUAAAAUCAAUGAAAUAUGAAGAUUAUUUGAAAUUUUUGGCCAACAAAAAUCCAGCGGUAAAUAGUUCCUUUGCCUUGAAAAUAAAUCAAUGUUUAUAUAAAUGGUAAAC